GCCCCGCCGUGCCCAUGGCUCUCCCGAGCGCCGCCCGGGCGCUCCGCGCCGCCGCUCGCCGCUGCGAUCACUCGAGCCGCCCGCGCUCCGCGCCCGCCGCCGCCGCCCCUCGAGGGGUCUCCCCGGCGGCGGCGGGCGCGGGACCCCGCCCGGGGCCGCCCCCUCCGCCGCCGCCCGCCGUAGAUUUCGGGGACCCGCGCGAGGCGUUCCGCAGCAAGAGCAACGCGGAGCUGCUGCGGGGGCUGCUGGUGCUGGGGCUGUGCGCCGUGGAGCCGCUGGUGCAGCACAACCGGGAGCUGCUGCAGUUGUGCCAGCGGGUGCUGGGGCAGACGCUGUUCGAGCGGCUGAUGAAGAUGACGUUCUACGGGCAGUUCGUGGCCGGAGAGGACCAGGAGGCCAUCAAGCCGCUGCUGCGGCGGAACCAGGCCUUCGGCGUGGGCGCCGUGCUGGAUUACAGCGUGGAGGAGGACCUGGCCGACGGGCGCUCCCGCACCUCUGCAGCCGAGAAGGAGAUGGGAGGAGCAGAGAAAAGGGAGAAGCGGUUCCGAGCCCACCAGGGGUUUGGGGAUCACCAGGCUGGAGUCACUGGUGCCCACACCUAUUUCUAUGCUGAUGAGGCCAAGUGUGACCAGCACAUGGAGACUUUCCUCCGCUGCAUUGAUGCCUCGAGUGGCAGUUCAGAUGACGGCUUCUCUGCCAUCAAGCUGACAGCACUGGCCAGACCCCAGUUCCUGGUGCGUUUCUCAGAGGUGCUGGUGAAGUGGAGGAGGCUCUUCCACCAAAUGGCCACGGAGCAGGGCCAGGCCGGGCGGGCAGUGCUGGACACAAAGCUGGAGCUGGAGCGGCUGCAGGAGGCACUGGCCGGCUUGGGUAUUGCCAGCAAGGCAGAGAGCCAGCAGUGGUUCACAGGGGAGAACCUGGGCACGAGCAGCACUGUGGACCUGCUGCACUGGAACAGCCUGCUCGACAGCCGCACCAAGCUGCCCAAGCCUCUGCUCAUCCCCAACAGGAAGACUGGGCAGCUGGAGCCUCUGCUGUCACGCUUCAGCGAGGAGGAGGAGCUGCAGAUGAAGAGGGUGCUGCAGCGCAUGGACGUUCUGGCGAAGAGAGCCAUGGAGAAGGGCGUGAGGCUGAUGGUAGAUGCAGAGCAGAGCUACUUCCAGCCAGCCAUCAGCCACCUGACCGUGCAGACACAGCGCCGCUUCAACAGGAGCCGGCCCGUCAUCUACAACACCUACCAGUGCUACCUGAAGGAGGCGUACAACAACGUGACGGGGGACGUGGAGCUGUCGCGCCGGGAGCGCUGGCACUUCGGCACCAAGCUGGUGCGCGGCGCCUACAUGGAGCAGGAGCGGGAGAGGGCAGCUCAGAUGGGCUACGAGGAUCCCAUCAACCCCACCUAUGAGAAGACCAACGAGAUGUACCACAGGUGCCUGGACUAUGUCCUGGAGGAGAUCAGGCAGAGCCGGAGAGCCAGUGUGAUGGUGGCGUCUCACAACGAGGACACGGUGAAGUUCACCCUGCGCAGGAUGAUGGAGCUGGGGAUCCAUCCCUCAGACAAGAAGGUGUGCUUCGGGCAGCUGCUGGGCAUGUGCGACCAGAUCACCUUCCCCCUGGGCCAGGCUGGCUUCCCCGUGUACAAGUACGUGCCAUACGGGCCGGUGAAGGAGGUGCUGCCCUACCUGUCCCGCCGGGCCCAGGAGAACAGGGGCUUCAUGCAGAGGGCAAACCGCGAGCGGGACCUGCUCUGGAAAGAGGUCAAGAGGCGUGUGCUCUCAGGAACCCUCUUCAGCACUGAGUGAGCCCCAGCCGGGGCUGCUGCGCCUUCACCCUCCCUCACCGUCACCUCUGCCCAUCCCAGCUCUGUGCAGCUCCCCCAGCCCCUCUGCCCGGGGUGAGAAGUGUCCUCGUUGCUGCUGAGCCACCGAACCACUCGCACCUUCUGGUGGCCUCUGGGUCGCCCCAGCUGGCACUGCCCCAGGGAUGUCCUUCUGCCAUCCCACAGCCUCUCGGGCUGUCUCCUGCCAGCCCACUCUGUGCCUUAUGAACACUGUCCUGGCCUUUUUCCCUGGCAGAAUUGCACAGGGUGAUUUAUCCACUUGCCUUGUGCCCAUGGGCUCGGAUUCAGGUGGGCUGGGUGACUUGGGGACAAGCUGGCCUCAGCCAGAAGCUUCUCCAGCCUCUGCCAGGGUUGGAGCUUUGCCUCCACCAGACCUUUGAAGGGGUGGGAUCAGCCCCAGUUGCCUGUCCCAGCUACCUGCCUGCUCACUGGCUUUGCACUGACCAGAGCUGGGCAGGUCCAGGCUCCCCCCCAUCCCACUGGGAUAAGCUGCCUGGGGUUGUCCAUCCUCAGGCACUCGUCCUACAGAGCAGGAGGGGUGAGGGGAGUGGGCUGGCCCCAUCCCUGUACCAUUCCUGCCCUGCCCACAGUCCCUGGUUCCAAUGAUGGACCAGGGGCAGUGGGAGCACCAGGAGCUGGACCACAGUUCAUCUCUGCUGUACACUGGAUUUGUAGAGAAUGGAAAUUAUUAAAUCACAACUGUUCCUGCUCCCA